GUCGAACGAGACGUCGCGAGAACUACUGGAGAAAAAUGGCGGCUUUGUUUCGGUCCGUGAGACAAUUUGGAAAAAGUUUAAUUUUCUCGGAAUCUAACAGAAACAUAUCGCUAUCCGCAACCACACGUUUAAGAGAGAUAAUUGAGAAGAAAGAAGAUAAUGUCUUAACCAUCGAAGCUGUAAAAGUGCCGCAGACAAAGGAGAAUUUAUUGGUGAAGAUAGACUCACACGCGUGUCCCCUCUGCGCCACGGAACUUGACGUCAAACAUACAGAUGUUCUUAUUCUAAGUCAGUUCUUGCGGUCAAACGGAACUAUGUUGCCACGUAGGAUUACCAAGUUGUGUAACGUGCAGCAGAAAAGAGUUUCCGUUUUGGUGAUUAUGGCUCAAAGAGCAGGCUUGUUACCAAACAGAUUUGCAAAACGGAAUAAAACGGGUUCAAUGAGCCAAGAAAAUUCAAGAAGGAGAAGAUUUAAUACAUAUUACGAUGAGGAUACCAUAAAAUAUAAAUAUUGGCGCUAGGAAAUGUUAAAUGUAUAGCAUAGAAUCGAAUAGCAUAUUUUACUUACACAGUUGAGCAUCACUGUUUAAUCAAACAUGUUAAUCUGCUUAGUUAUUUCCUUUACAACAAGAUUCACAAUUUAAAGAGACUGAGAAUUUCAUUGACAUACAAAAAUUCCUGUAAUUCACACUACAAUUAUACAGACAGAAUAAUGUUUAUGAAAGCAUCGCUGUCACAUAACAAUAUUGUUCAAUUUUUCUGAAAUAAUAUAAAGUUAUUAUUAUCA